AUGGUUAAGCCACUCGUUGCUAUUGGCAGGUUUACAGCUGUCUCAGAAACUAACACUUACAACGUUGGUGAAUCUGUCGGUGGGGGCAGUUACUGUAAGUUGUUUUACGUUUUAUUGUUUAUUUUUAGGUCGGGUUUAUUUGGCGGUAUAUAAUACGAUUCCAGCUGUUGUAAAGAUCUAUAUACAUGACACUGGGUUUGAAAGAGAGGUACGACUCGUGGGUUGAUCGUUUCUUGUAAGAUUUUCAUAAGUUUGUUAGAUAUGACUAAAAGUAGCGUUUAAUUUACAAUUAAUGAUGCUUGUGACGUUGCAACGAAUAUAACAUUGAUUUUAAUGCUUUUUUUCAGAAAUUUGCUUUAACACGUAUCACGGCUUAUCAACGACAACAUGGUCUUAGCUUGUGCCCGGAAUUGUUUGAUGUUGGGAUUGCCAAAGAUAGAGCGAAUACCUUGAACUUCUUAUUGGUUGCACGGCUGGGGCCUACGUUAAGCGCAGUAACCCAAAAGAUUGUUCAAUUUACUGAGCACACAGUGUUGAAGAUUGCUUUAAGAGUAAGACUUUUGUAUGUUUUUCUGGUUUUGUACAUCAUACAACAGCAAUGUACAUUGUGUUGUUUUAGUCGCUAGAGAACCUCAGAGGGAUUCACCAAGUCAUGAUGGUGAUUAAAGACGUCAAGGCCGACAACUAUUGCUUCACCGAGCUUUACGCGGAUCGACUAUUUGAAGUCAUGUGUUGUGAUUAUAGUCUUUCUGCUGCAUACGAAGCUGAGGACUUUAUAGGUGCUCCUGAUGUGCCACAGCUAGAGACGUAUGUUACUAAAAGGGUCAGCGGAACAUUUCAAUUCUCUCCGAGAGCUUCUCAUUUUGAGGUAAGGGUCUAUAUGUUUUAUUUCUGUAGAAAUAAAUGUAUGUUUUAUUCAAUUUAGAGGAUGUUAACAACUAUUUUUAAAAAAAUAUGUUUAGAUUGGUUCACAGUUACCUUACGAUGACAUGGAAUCGUGGUUUUACAUGAUCUACCACUUGGCACGUGAACCUCGUUAUUUGGAGGAUAAAGGUUUUCACACUGUUAAUGACAAGUAUCAUUUUUGGAGUCCUGAUCAUCUCCAUAUAAAUUUGUAAGUUAAAAAGAAAAAAAUUUAAAAUUUUUUUCAAUUUGCGAAGUUUAAUACGGUGAUUUUUAUAUUUACUUUAAAGCCUAUUUAGUUGAUUAUUUUAUUUUAGAUUAGACGAGAUGUUUGUGUUCAUGAAGAAGAUACGAAGGAACCAACUUUUUCCCUACGAUGAGAUGAUAAAGAUUAUAAAUGACAAAAUAAAUUCGCUUUCUUAUAAGGAUCCUACGAAUUUACCGUAUGCUAUACACCACGAUGUAAGUCUUUUGUCAAAUAUAUCAUGUAUUCAAAAUAUUGCGUUUAUGUUUGCACCAUAACAGUUUUUGCAGUUUGCAUAUUUACUUUUUUUAAUUUUUAGUCUUUUUCAGUUUAAAUAUGAAAACCAAGUUAUAGCGAUUACAGAGGUAUUUCCCAAAUACAAUGAAGUCUUUCGGCCGCAACUUAACGAUGUGCUUGAGGCGAUAA